AUGAGCGGGUUCCUGCGACACCUUCUCUUCGCGUUCGUCCUCGCCUUGAGCCUGCCCACUCCAUGCGUACAGCAGGAAGCCUCUACGCAGAUCUACGGGGGAGGGAGCAUCUUCACGCAGCCCUACAUGGACUACUUCACAGAGUCCUUCCAGUUGGUACGGCGAGAUGACGCCAUCGUGUGCACCUACGGCGGGGCCUCCCACUCGCUCCUGUUCCUCAUGGCCAAGCCCGACCUCGACUUUGCCGUGGUGGAUGCACCCCUACACGAGACACUUCUCGCCAACAACUCCAUCGCUCAGUUUCCGCUGGCCGGUCAGCCGCUGGUCGCCAUCUACAACCUCGGCAGUAGUCGCCCCGCUACACCUCUGGUGCGGGGCUCCUCCACUCCAAACGAAAACAAAACAAAAACGGAACGAAUACGAAAAUGCAAACAAUUGCUGACCGCCGAGCAGGUCCUCGACGGCGCGACCCUGGCGGCCAUCUGGCUGGGCGACGUGACCUGGUGGAACGACCCGGCAAUCGUCGCGCUCAACCCCAACAUCGCGCUGCCGGCGGAGCCCAUCCGGCUGGGCCACGGGGCGGAUCGGCCGGGCGGCAUCACGCACAGCUUCACCAACGCGCUCUCCAUACUCGAUGGACGGUUCCGGGCGGCGUGGUCGGGCGACGGCUCCCAGGACACGAGCCGGUGGCCGCAGCUCACCGGCAUCGCGGGCCGCGCAAUCGAGUUUUCGGACAGUGGCACGCUGUCGCCCUUCGUGCGUGAUACGCCGUACAGCCUCAGCUACUCCACAUUCGACCGGGCUCAGAAGACCGGCGUCGACUACGCUCUCAUGCGAAACAGCGCAGGAGCGGUUGUGUGGCCCACGGUCAAGGCCGUGGAGUCGGCCAUCAGCGAAGUGAGCGAAAAGCUCACGGACAGCAUGACCAUCAACGUGGCCAAUGGCCAGCAACGCGGUUCCUGGCCCAUGUGCAUGCUGCACUAUCUGGCGGUGCGCAGCAACGCGUCGACUUCGGAUUGCCUCGGGAUCAAUUCGCUGCUGUACUUCACGGCCUGGACGCAGCUCACGCCCAUGGCCGUGACCAAGAGCCGCGAGCUGGGAUACGCCCCUCUCAGUCUGAGCUUCAAAGCGAAAUUGAUCAACAAUUUCCAGAAGGUGGCGUGCAAUGGCGAGAAGGUCUUCGACAGUGCUCUGUUGAUCGGCACCGGUGUUCGCACCAUCUCCUUCUCCUCGUGGCCGCAGGAGGUGUACUACUUCCGCGGUUUUGACGCUGAGUCCACCAUCACCGACCUCAGUCGCUACAACAUUGACUUUGGCAUCACUGCUCGCCCGCUCACCAACGACGAGUCGGAGCUGCUGGGCGACGUGCCAAGCAUUCCAUUCACAAUGGUCCCCGUCGGCGUGGCCUACAACCUGCCGGAGCUGGUCGGACAGGGCUCGCUUUUGCUCAAUCUCACCGUGCUGGCCGACAUCCUGCUGGGCACCAUCGACACGUGGAACGACACCGCCAUCCAGGAGCUCAACCCGGAGCUCGGGGACCUCCUGCCGGCGGAUCCCAUCGUCAUCCUCAACUACGAAGACGAUGCGCUCAGCGUCGUAUUUGCCGCGUUGAGCACCGUGAGUCAGGAAUUCGCGCUCGCA